GAACUCCGUCGUUGCUGCUCUGUUCACUUCCGGCGAUCACCCACAGGUUACCGAGCUGUGUGCUAUUUUUUAUGGUAAAGCACUAGAAUUUGAUACACUCCAUGGCCAAGCCUGAGCCGAGAGCUCGCACUGUCCUUGAGCCACUCUCAUACUUCAACCUCUCUGAGCAGUCUCGUGCCCCGGUUAGGUCCCUUGCUAUCUCCAAUGUCUCGGAUUCGGAGUGUCUAAUCUACCUUGGGACUCAGUUUGGAGGGCUGUUUUUGUUCUCUCUAGACCCUAAGGAUCUCAAUGCUGCAUCUGCAUCGGAGCCUUCGAGUAGUCCCUCGGUCCUGCAGAACAUUAAGUUUGUGAGGAACGUUUUGGUUGGAAAUUCGUCGGUGGAUUAUAUACAUGUGUUUGGUGAGAUUGGGAAGGUUUUAGUGCUCUUGGAUGGCUUUUUGUUUUUGGUUGAUUCACUUCUGCUGCAGCCGGCGAAGAAGUUGAGUUUCCUGAGAGGGAUUUCUGUCAUUACGAGGAGGUUAAGAAGUAGUGAAUCAGAGUGUUCGAAUUUGUCAGAAGGUGCUGGCAGUUCAUCAGAGUAUACGAGUACAAGUCAGCGGUUUUUGAAAAAGUUGGGAGGUGGGAUAAGAGCAAAUGGAUUGAAAGUGAAAGAAGCAAUGCAGCACCGGGUGGGAAAUCAUGUCUUUUCUGUCGUGAUUGGUAAAAGAUUGAUAUUGUUAGAGUUUGUUUUGAGUAAUAGAGUAGGUAAGAUUGAUCAAGACGUUGAUGAUGGGUCUUUUGUUAUUCUAAAAGAAAUUCAAUGUAUCGAUGGGGUUAUGGCCAUGGUAUGGCUCAAUGAUUCGAUAAUUGUGAGCACACUCAAUGGGUAUACUUUGUUUUCUUGUGUUACGGGACAAAGUGGUGUGAUAUUUUCGUUACCAGAUGUUUCUAGUCCACCACGGCUUAAAUUGCUGUGUAAAGAAUGGAAUGUUCUCUUGUUGGUGGACAAUGUUGGCAUCAUCGCAAAUGCCCAUGGGCAGCCGGUUGGUGGGAGCUUGGUGUUCCAUCGUGACCCUGAUUCUAUUGGAGAGAUAUCUUCAUAUGUGGUUGUUGCAAAGGAUGGAAAGAUGGAACUGUAUCAUAAGAAAACAGGUAGGUGUGUUCAGAUGGUCACGUUUGGUGGUGAAGGGGUUGGAGGGCCUUGUAUUGUUGCGGAUGAGGAAGAUGGAAGUGGAAAACUUAUUGUCGUUGCAACACCCACCAAGGUUAUUUGCUAUCGGAAGUUACCUUCUGAAGAACAAAUUAAAGAUCUGUUGAGAAAAAAGAACUUCAAGGAAGCCAUCUCCUUAGUGGAGGAGCUUGAGUGUGAAGGCGAAUUAUCAAAAGAUAUGCUGUCAUUUGUUCAUGCUCAAGUGGGUUUUCUCUUACUUUUUGACUUGCAUUUUGAGGAAGCAGUGGAUCACUUUUUGCAGUCUGAGACAAUGCAGCCUUCCGAAGUAUUUCCAUUUAUAAUGAGGGAUCCAAAUCGAUGGUCACUACUGGUUCCUAGAAACCGUUAUUGGGGUUUGCAUCCUCCCCCUGCUCCUCUGGAAGAUGUUGUAGAUGAUGGAUUGAUGGCGAUUCAAAGAGCAAUCUUUCUGAGGAAAGCAGGUGUAGAGACUGUGGUAGAUGAUGCAUUUCUCCUUAAACUGCCAAGCCGAGAUGAUCUAUUGGAGUCAGCCAUUAAGUCAAUUACUAGGUAUUUGGAGGUUUCCCGUGAUAAAGAGUUGACGCCAUCAGUGAGGGAGGGAGUUGACACAUUAUUAAUGUAUUUGUACAGAGCUUUAAAUAAUGUCAAUGAAAUGGAGAAGCUAGUAUCUUCUGCAAAUUCUUGUGUUGUGGAGGAGUUGGAAAGUCUCUUAGAUGACUCUGGGCAUUUGCGAACGCUUGCUUUUCUGUAUUCAAGUAAAGGAAUGAGCUCAAAGGCUCUUGCUAUCUGGCGCAUUUUGGCAAGAAAUUUUUCAUCCGGCCUUUGGAAAGAUCAUUCUUCUGAGAGUAGUUCACAUAGUGUUGGUACAAAUAUUCUCUCUGGUAAAGAGACUGCUGCAGCUGAGGCGUCAAAGAUUCUUGAGGAGUCAUCUGAUUCACAGCUGGUUCUACAACAUCUUGGAUGGGUUGCAGAAAUCAACCAGGUCUUUGCAGUUCAGAUUUUGACAUCGGAGAAAAGAGACAAUCAGCUCCCACCAGAGGAAGUGAUUGCAGCUAUUGAUCCAAAGAAAGUUGAAAUACUUCAAAGGUACCUUCAGUGGUUGAUUGAAGACCAAGAUUCUGAUGACACUCAGUUCCACACAAUAUAUGCUCUCUCACUUGCUAAGUCAGCCAUUGAAUCAUUCGAAGCAGAAAUUAACUCCAGAAUCCUUGAUCCUGUAAGAAGAGAGGAGACGGGCAUUUCUGAAUGUAGCACAAGUGCAAUCUUUCAAAGUCCUGUGCGGGAACGACUCCAGAUUUUUUUACUGUCUUCAGACUUGUAUGACCCAGAGGAAGUUCUCGACUUGAUUGAAGGAUCAGAAUUAUGGUCAGAGAAGGCUAUUCUUUACAAAAAACUAGGGCAAGAGUCACUGGUACUCCAAAUUUUGGCCUUGUUACUUGAUAUGUAUUUGGAUCCACAAGAUGGGAAGGAGCCUAUGUUUAAGGCUGCUGUUCGCCUACUCCACAAUCAUGGGGAAUCAUUGGAUCCUUUGCAAGUCUUGGAGAGAUUGUCCCCAGAUAUGCCCCUUCAACUUGCUUCUGAGACUAUAUUAAGAAUGUUGAGAGCUAGACUUCAUCAUCAUCGUCAAGGACGUAUUGUGCACAAUCUGGCCCGUGCCUUAGAUACCGAUGCAAGUUUAGCAAUAUUAGAGGAAAGAUCAAGGCAUGUGCAGAUCAAUGAUGAAAGCCUUUGUGAUUCUUGUCAUGCACGCCUGGGAACUAAACUUUUUGCAAUGUACCCUGAUGACACCAUAGUCUGUUAUAAGUGUUUUCGUCGCCAGGGUGAAUCUACUUCAGUCACUGGUCGCAACUUUAAACAAGAUGUCCUAGUGAAACCUGGCUGGCUUGUGACCCGGUAAAUCCAGUGAAUUUUGAUAUUAUAAUGAGACAGAAGAAUGAGGCUGCGUGGUCACUGUGUUUAUGCUGUAUCUUGAGGCGUUGGACCAGAACUUUCAGGUAGCGAUUGCUGAAGCGCAUAGGAGGACAAGAGACCAAGUCCCAACCUUCUAGUGUAUUGUUCCAUAGAGGAAAACAAUCUUUACGGAGAGUACAUUGUUCCUUGUUCAGUUGUUUUAUCCUCAUCAAUCCCACCUUUGUAAAAGGAAAAAGAACUGCAAGCAUGAUGUCACGGUUACUGGGUUCAUUUGUGACCUGAUUGAAGCUCUAAAGAAACAUGGUGUCAGAAGUUUGAGAUCCAGCUAACCAUUAUUGCUCUAUGGCACCGUGCAUCUCAAGAUCAGAGAAUAGAACUGUGAGUUUUCAUAACUCUGUUAUAUUGACCAAGAUACUGUAUCUAUAACUGAAGUUGGAGGGAUCAGGACUCUGCAUUGCUCAGUCUGGUAGAUACACUGAGCAUUGAUGUUCGUGUUUACACUCUUCUGUCAUCAGAGUUCUAGUCCCCAUCAUCAGAGGUUAAAAA